UUUGUUUCCUGCAACAUCUGCAAUCUGUUUCAUUCGGAUAAUAAAACUCGUUGAACCGGUGGGGUUGUAGCUAUCAAAAGAUUACACCGUUAUUAUAUCCCUGAUUCUACUUCAGUGCAUGCAAUUUGUACGAUCCCUGGAAAGAAGGAAAUCCCCAAAGCAUGACAAUCAGGCAAUUUGAUACAGGAUCGCAACCGUAGUUGAAUGUACAGAUACUGACAUGCUGAACCCUGUUCAAAUCCCGGAGAAGACAGUGAUAGAUGUGUGCAAAUUAUAAAUUAUAAGACUCGAAAUUUUUUGAGCUUCUGGUGAUUCGAUCAUCUAGCUCGACGAGCUCCAGCGAUGGAGUAUCGCGUUCUGCUGUCACUCGUACGGGGUGAAUGAUUCGAGAAAUUGAAAGAAGUGCUGCUGUAGACUUGGAUCUUUUGGUUAAGAGCAGGAGGUAUGGCCUCGGAGGAUAUCGCUCAGCAAUUGCAGCUCGUGCAGCAAGAGCUCAAUCAGGUCCAAGAUCAGAUAACCUCAUUGUUGGAACAUCAGGAGAAGCUUUUGGAACAGCGACAAGAACUGCGUGCCCUCUUAGAAUCUUGCAGAAAACAAGAAGGAACCGGAUCCGAAGCUUUCGUAUCGAGUUCCACCAAAGAGGACUGGACAGGAUCUUUCGAGUGGGAUAAACGUGCAGCUGAUUUGCGACUGAAUGUAUUUGGAAUAUCCACUUAUCGUACCAACCAGCGUGAGAUAAUAAAUGCUGUCAUGAGUGGGAGAAAUGUGAUGGUUAUUAUGGCUGCUGGGGGCGGAAAAAGUCUCUGUUACCAACUGCCUGCACUUCUGCGUUCUGGCAUCGCCCUCAUUGUCAGCCCCCUCUUAUCUUUGAUUCAAGACCAGGUCAUGGGCCUGAAGGCCUUGGGUAUUCCCGCUGGAAUGCUUACCUCGACCACCACGAAAGAAGAGGAGAAAGCAAUAUAUCUCUCUUUGGAGAAAGGAACCGGAGGACUUCGAAUCCUCUACGUUACUCCAGAGAAAAUUGCCAAGAGCAAACGCUUCAUGUCAAAACUUGAGAAGUGCAACAAGGCGGGUCGUUUAUCUCUGAUGGCUAUUGAUGAGGCUCAUUGCUGUAGUCAGUGGGGUCAUGACUUCAGGCCUGAUUACAAGAAUCUGGGUAUUCUGAAAAAACAGUUCCCAAAAGUUCCAAUCAUUGCUUUGACUGCUACUGCUACCGAACGAGUGCAAACUGAUGUAAGAGAAAUGCUCCAAAUUCCUUAUUCAGAGAGGUUUACGAGCUCCGUGAAUCGACCAAAUCUGUUCUACGAGGUUCGUGAAAAGAAGUCAAAUGCAAGUGCGGCCAUAGACGAUAUUGCAGACUUCAUUCGAGGAGGAUACACCGAAAAGCAAUCUGGGAUUGUAUACUGCUUCACUCGUAAAGAAUGCGAGCAGGUUGCGGAGGAGCUACGUCAAAGGGGUAUCUCAGCCUCGCACUACCACGCAGACAUGGCCCCAGAUGUGCGAGCCAACAUACACACAAGAUGGAGUGGUAAUAAGAUACAGGUCAUCGUUGGUACGGUGGCUUUUGGGAUGGGAAUCAAUAAACCCGACGUGCGUUUUGUCAUCCACCACAGUUUAAGCAAAUCCUUGGAGACUUAUUACCAGGAGAGCGGUCGUGCUGGUCGAGAUGGGCUUCCUUCGCAUUGUGUCUUGUUUUUCCGACCUGCCGAUAUCCCCCGUCAGAGCUCGAUGGUUUUUUCCGAAGUUGCCGGUCUUCACAAUCUCUAUGCUAUUGCACGCUUUUGUCAGUCGAAACGUUCAUGUCGACGGGAGGCUUUUUUUCGACAUUUUGGUGAACCAGUGCAGGAUUGCAAUGGUAUGUGCGACAACUGUGCUUACGCAAAGGAGAUCACCGAGCUAGAUGUGACCGCUCAUGCCAAGUCGAUUGUCACGUUGUUGAAAGAUUCGGACAAUCAGAAGACUACUAUGCUGCAGCUAGUGGACAGUUGGAGAAGUAGGUCACGUCAGACAGAAGCACGAGGUGAAGCAGCACUGGUGAAGGAACUAAGCAAAGAGGACGUGGAGCGAGUAAUAAUACAACUGGUAUUGGAUGGCAUUUUGAAAGAAGAGUUUGCACACACUGCUUAUGCCACCAAUGCAUAUGUGACAGUCAGUGCGGGAUCACGAUUUCUAUUGCAAGGCAAACGGAAGAUUAUUCUAGAGGUUGCACAAGGACUCAAAAGCAAGAAAGGUACCGUAGGAAUUGCGAAUGAAGACUCAAAGCUGCAAAGUGGUAUGGCUCAUAUGCUAGAUGCGUUGAGGCAACAAAUAGCUGGCUGUCACGGGAGUAUCUUUCCCCAUUCAGUUCUAUCAUCACAACACAUCAAGAUGCUGUGUUCCCGUCGACCCGACACUCUGAACCUGGUUGAGGAGGUUGUAGGUAAGCGAAAAGUGGAGCAGUACGGUCAACAGAUUUUGGACGCUAUCAGAGCCUACAUCAAGGAGCAUCCUGAUGAAGAAUUCGAAGAAAAAGAAGGACCCUGGGUUGCUCCCAAGGGCAGUAAAACAUCCAUCGCUUCUCAAUCAGCUCAAAAGUCAGCAAGUGCAAAGAGGAAAAGUAUCCAACGUGGUGUUUCUCAAGAAUGCGAACCGCAACGCAGUGCUAAAAAAUCCUGUGCAGCAGGGAAAGCUGAAACACUUAAAAGGGAGACAAGUGCUCUAUCCAAGAGCCCAGGUGUUGCACAAGAUGCAUAUAUCGAUCUGGAUAGUGACAGCGAUGAUGACGUGGAGCUGAGGGAACAUUCCGUGAGAGGAGAUAUCAAUGGGAAACCAGUCCCGGAAAUAAACGAAGUAGAAGAUGAUGAAGAUAUUGAUGGACCAAAGAAGAAAAGGUUAGGAAUCGAGGAAUGCACACAGGAAGGUGAAGACUUGCCCUCCGUCAAAACAAAUCCACCUAAGGAGCAAAGGGCGAAGACCGUAACACAGAACAAACGGCCUGCCAGUGACGAUGAGGAUGAAGACUUUGUAUUGGUCAAGAGAACACGUCGGAAAAAGUAGAUUACCUCUGGACCGUACAAUGACAUUGAACUUAGUGUGUAGGAGAGCUGCAUUUCAUUUUUCUUGUAAAUUCAAUGAGUUUGUCUAUGGCGACUUUGCUGGAAUAAUGUUGAUUUUUCCACGGCCGAAUUUACAGUAAGUUAAGAUUUACACAGUUUCAGUACCCACCUGAUGUCAAGAUGUACGGUAUCUUCCAGUAUAGGCCUAUUGGCCGUAGUUCCAUACCAAAGUGUCUGCAAGG